GAAAGGCUGACAGGUGACUGAACGCUCCCAUCGUUUCCAUGGCUGAGUACGACAUGGAGUCUGGCUUCCCUUUGCCCCCCGACGCCUAUUGUCCCCUGUGUGCGGACACCCUGAGGGACCCCGUCACCAUACCCUGUGGAGACACCUACUGCCUCGAGUGCAUUAAAGUUUACUGGGACCAGUUCGAUCACAUGGGGGUGUACAACUGCCCCCAGUGUCGCUCCACCUUCACCCCACGUCCUGUCCUGAGAAGAAAUGUUCCAGAUGUCCACUACGAAACCAGGAAACAACUACCAGAGCUCACCCCUUUCCCAGACCUGCAUCGGGAAUCGUUCUGUGACUUCUGCGUGGGCCGACGCCAAAAAGCGGUCAAGUCCUGUCUCAUGUGUUUGGCGUAUUACUGCGAGACCCACGUCAAACCGCACUACGAGUCGUCCACGUUUAAGAGACACAAGCUGGUGGACGAGACGGGGCAUCUGGACAGGAAAAUCUGCCCCCAUCACGAGAAAGGCCUGGAGCUGUUCUGUCGCUCAGACCAGAUGUGUAUCUGUGUGCUGUGUACAGUGAGAGAGCACCGCGGACACAACAUCGCUUCAGCAGAGGAGGAGCGCAUCGAGAAACAGAAAACACUGGUUGUGACUCAGACGGAGGUUCAGCAUCUAAUACAAGAGAGAACGAAAGAGCUACAGGAGCUGAAGCACAACGUGGAUGUUCUCAAGAGUGCAGCUCAGCGGGCCCAGACAGAGAGCGAUAAGACGUUCCAUGAGAUGCUGCAGGCGGUGGAGCGCUGGAAGUCGGAGAUAAACCAGAUGAUCAUGUCCAACAUGCAGUCAGCCAUGUUACAGGCCGACAGCUACGUGGAGCGACUGGAGCAGGAAAUCAUGGAGCUGCAGAGAAGAGACGCUGAGCUGAGGCAAAUUCUGGAGACCGAGGACAAUAUCCACUUUCUACAGAAUUUCCCCACUUUAUGUGUGGCCCCUGAGCCCAUGGUGCCGAAGGUCCUCAUGAACCCCCAGUUCUCUUUUGGAGACAUCAGUAAAACUGCUAUGGACAUGAAGGAACAUCUGGACGUCAUCUGCAAGAAGGAACUCAGCCAGAUCACCAAAACAGUCAGUGAAACUCCAGUCUAUAUUCUUCUGCCAAGAAAUGGAGACAAAAGAGUCAAAAGUCCCUCAAGAGUGGACUUCCAGGAGCCAAAAACAAGAAAUGACUUUUUGAGAUACUCCUGCAGACUGACCUUUGACCCCAACACAGCGUACAAAGAGCUGGUGCUAUCAGAGGGGAACCGGCGCAUCACCAGGAAGAAGACCGUUCAGUUCUACCCGGACCACCCUGACCGCUUCGACGGCUUCUCCCAGGUCCUGUGUAAAGAGCCCCUCAGCGGGUUUAGGUUCUACUGGGAGGCCGAGUGGAGCGGGGAGUUUUCUCUGGGCGUGGCCUAUCGUAGCAUCAGUCGUAAGGGUAAGAACUCGCACAGCCUUCUGGGAUACAACGACCGGUCCUGGAGCCUGCUGUGCUCGGACAAUGGGUAUUCUGCUUGGCACAAUAAAGUGGACCAGGACCUCCCCAGUGCCCCCAGAGCCAGUAGGAUCGGGGUGUACCUGGACUACGCGGGCAAAACCGUGUCUUUUUACGCAGUGUCGGAAUCCAUGCAGCUAAUACACAAGUUCAAAGCAGAGUUCUCAGAUCCGCUGUUUGCCGGGUUUGGAGUGGGGUCGUCAGUGUGGCUCUGUCAACUAAAAAAUACUUCCUACUGAGUUAAUAUUUGUGCAAUCUCUCAGUCGUCCAGGUAGUUUAUAUAGCAAGAAAAUGUACUUCUGUCUUAUCUUUUGGAGUGAAGACUUUUUGUCCAGGAGGAAUUAUAUUUUCUUAUCCUAUGUUUUCAACUGUGACUGUAUAUAUAAAUGGACAUAGUUGCAUUAUUUUAUAGUGUAAAAACACAACCUAUGAUUAAAAAUAACUUUAUGCUUGUUUUACCAUUUGUCAUUGCAUUGAUAUCUCACUGAUUAAAGAAGGAACAAUCACACGGGCACUAAACUGUGUGAUCAAAUAUC